AGAGGGGGGCGGCAGCAGCCGCUGACGUUGCUGCGUGCGCAGCUUCAGUCUGGAGUCGCUACGACGGGACCGCAAUGAGGAGAUAAAUAGCGGCGUUAUCUAUUUAUUUUGCACGUUUCGCGGGUCUCAUCCAUCGGUGACUGAGAGACGCUUCUGCCGGCGACGCUGCCGACGCGCUCGUCCGCUUCAAAGGGCUGCACCAGAACAAUUAUGGAUGAGACCUGUCACUAGCUCUUGAUAGAUUGUAUUUGACCCUUUGAGCAGAAUUAUGGAGGCUAGUGGCGAUGUGCCUGUCACCGUUACUCAGCACCAGACUGAUGCGUGUGGCGCUGAGGUGGGCGGAGGGGAAAUCUGCAGUAAAACGGAGGACGGAGCGGCUCCGCUCAUCCCCGUGGACUCCUGCGAUGACUCGGCAACAGGACUCAACAAAGGCGAGGCGUCUGCAGCCCCGGCGGUGAGUCCCGCCUCCGACGCCGCCGGAGGCGUGGCCCUCAAAGUCUCCACCACGGUGCUGCAUCCAGUGUGUCUGGGUGAGAGCCCGCUGAUGCUCCCCAUCCACCUCCAGUCCCAGCUCGGCCAGAUGGGCGCCGCGCCGUACCUCAUAGCGAGCCAGAGCCCCGUUUCACUCCCCCUGGUCCUGGAUCAGCAGGUGCUCCAGCACAUGAGUCCCUCCGUGCUGCCUCAGACCACGAGCUGCCCUCAGCUGCCGCUCCAGAGCAACGUCCUGUGUCCCAAUCCUCUGACGUUCGCUUUACCGCCGGCUGUGGACCAGAAGUCAGCAGGACAGGCGCAGGAUGCCAACCUGCUCUCGCUGCUGCAGAAUCCAGCCUUUGCAGCCAUCUUGCAGGACCUCUUCCCCUCCCAGGCGGGUUCGUCCACCUGUCAGUCACCAGGCUCUACUUUCUUCCCUCUCCCUCCCAUGACUCCCCCCUACUCCUCCCAUCUGGCACCUUUAGUCCCCCCUGCCACACUUCUAGUCCCCUACCCUGUCAUCAUCCCUCUGCCAGUGCCUCUGCCCAUCCCGCUGCCUAUCCCCAUCCCUGUCCCUCAGGCUGAGGAUUCAAAGGGCAACGUGCCAAAACCUGUUUGCAGUGUUAGUAAAAGUACUCAGACGUCUCCUAAAGAUACUACCUCUCCUUCGUUGUCUUCAAGCAGGUGCAUGCCACUGUUCCAGCCACAAAAUGUGUCACCAUCCUCACUUCCUCUAGAUGAAGGACAGGCUUUAGACCUUUCAGUGAGGCCACAUCCAGUCCAACCAAAACAGGAAUAUCCCAGUCCGCAGCAGGACAGUGUGCUCGACUUAUCCGUGCCUGGUGUGAGGAAAAAGUGUGUCCAGUUAUGUGGCCCCACCAGCUCACAGGGCCGCAGCAGAGAACUGGGCUUCCACUCAGGCCAGGAUGCCAGCGGCACUUCCUUGUCUUUGGGUGUUGAAUGCACUCAGGGUUUAGAUUCCAAGCUCCUCGGCAGCCUGGCUUCACUGGAGUUCAGCCGCCAGCACAAGUGGGUGGUCGACAGCAGCGCUGGCGGGUCGGGCUCCCUGGGCCAGGAGGCGGCUCUGAGCAGAGCAGGAAACCUGGAGAUAGUCAGCGCCUCGCAGACGGCCAAGGUCAUCGUCUCUGUGAAGGACGCCAUCCCUGCCAUCCUCUGUGGGAAGAUCAAAGGUCUUUCCGGAGUGUCCACCAAGAACUUCUCUAUCAAACGGGACGGCAGCCAGGGGACGUCCCUGCAGCAGCUGUACGGCGUGGCAUCCGCGUCCCACGGCGAGCCACGCGACCCCAGCGAUCCCCAUAAAAAGGUCCCCAAAAGCCGAGCGAUCAAACUGAAGAAGGUCAGCUCGCAGGAGAUCCAUUUCCUUCCCAUCAAGAAGCAGAGACUUGCAGCGCUGCUCCCCAGGAAGUAGGAGAGCAAAGCAGAGGGGGAUUCAUUGCUGGACUUCUCUCUGGUAAUCUCUCCGGAGUGGGUAACAUAAAACACAUGUAGAGACAUAACGUAAUCAAACUCAUACACUUCAGCGUCCAAUCAGAGCGCAGCGUUUGGCCCGUGGACGUCGGACGGGGCGACACAGAAGUAGAAAUGUUUUCCAUUGGAGCUCUGUCAAGUGCUUUUUGCUCCGCAGCGUUACACUAACCCAGCAAUGUUUGUGUGUGAGGCAGCUUAAUGAGCUCUCCAUUUGGCUGUAAGAGAUGGACUUUAUAAAUCAGACAUGUUGAGGACUUAAUUACAGAAGACACGUGGGUUUAAUUUGUUCCAUUUUGGCCCAUGUUUGUUUUCACGUAAUUUUUUUUAAGUGCACUGAGAAAAUAAAUAAGACGAUAGUUGAGCUUGAAACUGUUCAUGGCACAGCAGCACGUACGUGUAUUAGCAGGAUAUGACUGAGACUGUUAAAAUGCAUUUCCCAUAGUCAUCAGUGCUGCAUCAUAGAGGUUUUGGCUAAUAAUGGUGCCACAGCUUCAUUAGCCGCCGGUCACCAAACAUCCUGUGUCUAACGUCAGGGAAAAGGGAUUGUUUAAACACUUUCUGCAGACCCGUCCAAACGGAUCUGAAGUAUUUCUGUAAAGAGCGGAUAGCCUCACAGAAAGUGUGGAAAACACCAGAACCCCCUGCUGUUUCCAUUAAAAUGAAAUCUAGGGCAAGGUAUUAACACAAAUUUCAUCAUGUAAAUUGACUUAAAAUGUGAAGUAGAGAUGAAGCUGAAGGGAACGGCCAGGUUGAAGGUGGAAUGUGGGAUUAGUCUGUUAUUAGAAGGAGUCCUGGUAAAAUCUCCCUGUAAACGUUAACUACAAGUAGUUUGGUGUCUCUGUGUGUUGUUUUGUGGAGCAUUGUAGUUUCUCUCUCCUGAGGACAAUGAAUCAUGAAUGUGACACUACCGUUGCAUGUCAGUUUAUUUAUCUGUUGAGUGCACUUUGUUAUAGUUUCAUUGAAAAUGUUUCAGGGUGUCCUUCUUAUCCUGCUAAGACUGUUUUCAGACGCUUUUAUGAAAAUAUGUGAAUUGCAAGCCAGGAACUAAUAACAGCCAUAUGCAGAUUGGUUGAGUCGAGGAAGGAUGGAACAUACCUAACGCUCUACUUGUACCAGGGCUUUAUUUAUACGGAUGAACUUUAACAACCCCAGUAAAUCUCACUUCACGCAUGUCUGCAGCCCAUUUAACAGAGGUGUAGUAGUUGGAACUCAUCCCUUUGCCUGUAUGGCAUUUCACCCUAAUUUAUUCAUUGUCUGUCUUUUAUUUAUAGUAUGUAUCGUAUAUAUACUGAAUUGUUAGUUAGGAGAGAAAGUGUGACUGAAUAUUCAGAACAGCUUCCUUUGGUCUUAUGAAACACUUUUUUGCUUUUUCUGAAAAGUGUUGUUUUAAUAAAGCUGUGCUGUCAGUA